CUGGCAUGACAGUUUCCUGUAGCAUCGAUAACACAUAGAAAAAAUAAUAAUAAAUCAAAGUUUGAACUCGGAUAAAAUACGAAAGGUAAUGCGGCCUCGCGAUUAGGCGACUGAUCCGCUGUGUAACAGUCAGAUUUACACGGAGUUAUGGAGAGCUAUGUGUUUAUCCGAGUGGUGGGGAAAGGGAGUUACGGCGAGGUGAACCUGGUGCAACAUAAAUCCGACCGCAAGCAGUACGUCAUCAAAAAGCUGAAUCUGAGAACAUCUUCGAAGCGAGAGCGCCGGGCGGCAGAACAGGAAGCGCAGCUCCUCUCGCAGCUCAAACAUCCCAACAUCGUGACCUACCGGGAAUCAUGGGAAGGGGAUGACUAUCAGCUUUACAUAGUAAUGGGCUUCUGUGAGGGAGGAGACCUGUAUCACAGGCUGAAGCAGCAGAAAGGUGAGCUGCUGCCUGAGAGACAGGUGGUGGAGUGGUUUGUUCAGAUUGCCAUGGCACUUCAGUAUUUACACGAAAAACACAUCUUGCACCGAGAUCUGAAAACGCAGAAUAUCUUUUUGACCAAGACCAACAUAAUCAAAGUUGGUGAUCUGGGCAUCGCACGGGUUUUGGAGAACCAGAACGACAUGGCCAGCACCCUGAUCGGAACGCCGUACUACAUGAGUCCCGAGCUUUUCUCCAACAAGCCAUACAACUACAAGUCAGACAUUUGGGCUCUGGGCUGCUGCGUGUACGAGAUGGCGACCCUGAAACAUGCCUUCAACGCAAAAGACAUGAACUCGCUCGUGUACCGCAUCGUAGAGGGAAAGUUGCCUCAGAUGCCUGGCAAGUAUGAUCCUCAGCUAGGAGAGCUGAUCAAGCGAAUGCUGUGUAAGAGGCCAGACGACAGACCAGAUGUCAAACACAUUCUGCGGCAGCCCUACAUCAAACAGCAGAUCGCUGUCUUUUUGGAGGCAACCAAAGAGAAAACGGCCAGAUCACGGAAGAAGGCGAACGGCAGACCUAUCAGCAGAGAUGCACUCGAGGUGCCCGUCCUUCAAAAGCAGGAGUCACAGUGUGUCAAGUCUGAGCUGAAAAGCAGAGGAAAAAGGUCAGAGGAAAGCCACACCCAUCAGUCCAAACAUCACAACGGCAUCAAGGACAAUAUUCACCCUACCCCACCACUCCUGUCGCCAAAAUCCGCAUGUCCGGACGUCCUGAACUCAACAGGUCAGAACAUAGCAACCAUCAGCAACAUUGACAUUGACAUCCAGCCUCAGGAACACAGAGAAAAGGUCCGGAACGCGAAACCUCCUCGGCCUGCGAGUGCGGCGGCCAAACGCACAGAGAAAGAAGAGAAAAAGAAAGAGGACACUAACGUUCCUCGGCCACACCCUAGAAAACAAGUAUCAGGUGUCAUUAUUGCAAAGGAAGAGCACUCAGGUUUGAGUGGAACGGUGCCGCAUAAACACACAGAAAGACCCGAACCUGUAAAAGACAGCAGGAGUCCGAAUGUUAACACGUCUGUGGAGGAGGACACCAUGAAACUGCUGCAGCAGGCCGCGAUGGAGGAUGUAAAAAACGACAAGCAGGACACUACAGAGGGAAAGAAGGAGAGAAAAGCAGAAGCGGAACAUCAUUUAGGAGACAGAGGAACUAGUUUGGAAUCUACUGAUAAGCUGCUUGAGCCCUUUAUUCCAGUGGAGAUGGAGCCUCACAACCCAGAAAACGGCAAGCAUCCUCUUUGUCCUCAGUCCUCUUCCUCAGAGCCGUCCAUGUCCCGUCAACACAGACAGAGAAAGAGAGAAGUGGCCAAUGACGACAGCAAAAUUAAAGCAGCCAAUUCCAGGGCUUUGCCUCCACUUCCAGAAAAUUUCCCAUCCGUAGGCCUAAAACAGAGAGACAGAGGUGAUGUGGAGGCGGCCAAACAUCCGACAGACUCCCACUCUGAUCACCAGCGUGACCCUGCACCACAGAAUCGGCUUCUGUCAGCUCGAGAGAGGAGGCGGCUGAGGCAGUCACAAGAAAACCAGAGCGAGUCAGCUCCUGCAGCCAGAAGGGCGUCGUGCGAUGUUGCCUCAUUAAAUGCCAACCACACGGACCAGCCUGAUCACCCGAGACCUGCCAGCGUAGCUGCAGUAACGCACAAGGAGAGAAAAUCAUUGCGGCGUCAUUCGGACGAGGAGGAGUGCAGCUCAUCCACCAGCUCUACAGAGCGCUCUGAGGGAGACUACAAAGAGGGCAAAAGUGAGACCAACGAGAUGCAAGACCUGGUCCAGAUGAUGACGCAAACAUUACGAAUGGGCGCCAGAGACGUCCCAUGUGACCUGGAAGGCUUGCGGUACAACUCAGCCACGUUGCCCGAGUUCAAACUGAACAGGAAGUACAGAGACACGCUGAUGCUUCAUGGGAAAAACAGAGAGGGAGAGGGUGACUUUCAUCUCAGCGACUUCCGCUCAGAUGACUCUUCAGGGCCCGCAAAGAUCAGGAGAGCCGUGGAGCACUUGCGCACAGACGUGGUUAAAGGCCUUGGGGUGAAACUGUUGGACCGAGUCUUGGAAAUCAUGCAGGAGGAGGACGAGGACAAGCGACAGGUCUUGCUCCGGCAGCAGAUGGGAGAAGAGAAGUACAAAACCUAUGCCGUUAUGGUGCAGCAACUAAAAUUCUUUGAGGACGUCGCGUUCAAAUGCUGAGCGAAUCCAGGGACAAGCAAACACUGAUCAUGUUUUUCGCGGUUAUAUUGUGAUGCCUUUGUAAAUAUCAGCAGAAUCAAUGCACUCUUAUGUAUUUAUGCAACUUCUUCUAAUGACCAGAAUUUAAUUUCUGACCUUCAGAUCAGUUCUAUAUUGGAAGUUAAAUGUUUUCUACAGUCUACACAGUAUAUGUUUUAUGUUUCUAAAUGUAGGAUGAUUUCUAAUAAACAUUUUGGGCUGCCA